AUGGAGGACACUGAGGACACAGGACAGGUGACACUGCUGUCCCCGCCGUCCCCGCCGUCCCCUCAGGUGGACACGGCGAGUCCCCGGCACGGUGGCGAGCUGGUGGCCGAGGUCCUGCGCGCCCACGGCGUUCGUUUCCUGUUCACCCUGCCCGGGGGCCACAUCUCGCCCGUGCUGGUGGCCUGCGAGAAGAUCGGCAUCCGCGUGGUGGACACGCGCCACGAGGCCACCGCCGUCUUCGCCGCCGACGCCGUGUCACGGCUCUCGGGCCGCAUUGGCGUGGCCGCCGUCACGGCGGGCCCCGGUGUCACCAACGCGGUGACGGCCGUCAAGAACGCCCAGAUGGCCGAGUCCCCCCUGCUGCUCCUGGGCGGCGCCGCCGCCACCCUGCAAAAGGUGGACACGGCGAGUCCCCGGCACGGUGGCGAGCUGGUGGCCGAGGUCCUGCGCGCCCACGGCGUUCGUUUCCUGUUCACCCUGCCCGGGGGCCACAUCUCGCCCGUGCUGGUGGCCUGCGAGAAGAUCGGCAUCCGCGUGGUGGACACGCGCCACGAGGCCACCGCCGUCUUCGCCGCCGACGCCGUGUCACGGCUCUCGGGGGGGGUUUUUGGGGUGCCCCCAGGCCCCGUGUUCGUGGAGCUGCCCAUCGAUGUCCUGUACCCCUUCCACGUGGUGCAGAAGGAGAUCGGGGGCUCCAAAACCCCCCGGGGGCUGCGGGGGAAACUCGUCCAGUGGGUGGGUUUGGGAUCGGGGUUUUUGGGCGUCCCCAGAGCCACCCCCCAGCAGGUCCAGCUCUGCUCGGAGCUGCUGAGCCGGGCCCAGCGCCCCCUGGUGCUCGUGGGCAGCCAAGCCCUGCUGCCCCCAACCCCCGCUGAGGAGCUGUGCUCAGCCCUGCUGUCCCUGGGUGUCCCCUGCUACCUGGGGGGCGCCGCCCGGGGUCUGCUGCCCCCCGAGUGCCCCCUGCUCCUGCGGCACAACCGCCGGGAGGCGCUGCGCCGCGCCGACCUCGUGCUGCUGGCAGGCACCGUCUGCGAUUUCCGUCUCUCCUACGGGCGCCUCUUCGGCCGCGGCGCCGCCGUGGUGGCCGUGAACCGCGACCGGCGGCAGCUGCUGAGGAAUUCCGACGUCUUCUGGAAACCUCGGCUGGCUGUGCACGGUGACCCCGCGUCCCUGGUGGUGGCGCUGUCCCGCAGCCUGCAGGGAUUCUCCGGACCCCGCGAGUGGCUGGAGCAGCUCCGGGACAGCGACAGGGACAGGGAGCAGAGGAUCCGGGACAAGGCCGCUGUCCCCCCCCCGUGUCACCUGAACCCCCUGGCGCUGCUGCAGGCCCUGGACCAGGUGCUGCCCCCCCAGAGCAUCCUGGUGGCCGACGGAGGCGACUUCGUAGCCACGGCCGCCUACACCGUGCGGCCACGGCGGCCACUGGCCUGGCUGGACCCUGGUACGGCCACCCCCGGGGGGGACACCUGGGGACACCUGGGGACAGCUUGGGGACAGCAUGGGGACACNGCCCUCGGGGCCAAACUCUGCCGGCCCGAGGCUGAGGUGUGGGUCCUGUACGGGGACGGCUCGCUGGGCUUCAGCCUCAUGGAGUUCGACACCUUCGUGCGCCACAAGGUCGCGGUGAUCGCUCUGGUUGGGAACGACGCCGGCUGGACCCAGAUCAGCCGCGAGCAGCUCCCCCUGCUGGGCAGCGCCGUGGGCUGCAGGCUCAGCUACAGCGGUGAGUGACCCUGAGUG